CAACCCUUCACGGCACAAGUGACCACUCACCCACCACUCUCACUUGCGAACAACAAUCUCUACCGAUCACCCUUGCUACAGUUCACUGGCUCAGAAAGAUAUUAUACCGUACUGUGUGUCAUUUUUACUGCGGUAACCUUCUAGCCCUUCCUAUCCGGGCGCCAGCGGCCAGCUCUUUCGGCCCAAACCAGCUUGCCAGUGAGAGCCAGGCCGUUGCGGCUACCUCACGAUGCCAGCGGCAUCACCUCAAACAGAUUUGAUUUGCUUUUUGGGCUCCAACUGCGUUUCCUCUCUCCUCUCAACCCUAAGUCUCACUAAUCCAUUCCACCCAGGUAAAACUGAAAUCGACCCUUCGACUCCUCAUCCCUCGCCUCCGCAAUGCACAGAAGAAAGACACCGCUAUCUCCGUGUCGGCGCGCCGCGAAAUGGCUGAGCUGCUCGCUCAAUCUCGCGAAGCGUCCGCCCGCAUACGCGUUGAAAAUAUCAUCCACACCGACAUCACCGUGGAGCUGAUGGAGAUCCUGGAACUCUACGCCGAACUCCUCCUCGCCAGGGCAGGCCUGUUAGAUGUCAGGGACAAGAACAUCAAAGAAGGCACAGCGCAGGCGGGUGAUGAUACCGGCUUGGAAGAGGCGGCAGCGAGCAUUAUAUACUCUGCCCCGCGGUUGCCCCGGGAUGUGCGGGAGCUAGGCAUCGUGCGCAGCAUGCUGAUCGAGCGGUUCGGCAAGGACUUCGCGAUUCGCGCGAACGAGAAUGAAGACAAUUGCGUGCCCGCUCGAGUGGUGGAUAAGUUAAAAGUCGAUCCACCGAGUGCGAAAUUGGUGCAGGCAUAUUUGGAGGAGAUUGCAAGGACUUACGGGGUGGACUGGCCACCGCAAAGUGAAGGGGAGCAGGUCGAGGCAUUGAGUAGGGAAGUUGAUGGUGAGGAUACGGGAGAUGACGAUGGUGUGGGCGGCGGUAUGAAGGAGCCACCUUUGCUUGCAGACGGGGCAUCACCGAACCCAGCGACACCAUCACGGCCAAACAAGAUCGACAUUGGAUCUUUACAGAAUGCGACACCGCCAUCAAGCUUGGAGCCUGGGGGCGCAAAAAGUCCUGUCUCGAUAGCUCCCCCUGGCGCGACUUCUGAAAAUCUCAGCCCAAAGGUCAAAUUGCCUGGCGGAGGGGAGAUCAGAAAGGGCGUUAAUAAUGCGAAACCCCCACCAUCCGCCGGGACGGCAAAAGGAAAGAGUGCAGUUGCAGGCGGAGGUGCCGGAGCGGUGCCUGGAACUGUUCCGACGGUGGACGAUCUGGCAAAGAGGUUUCAGGCGCUCAAGCGAUGAACAUGAAUCAUCAGCGAGACACGAACAUGCAGAUCGAACAUCUGCUAAGCAGAGCAGUUGAGAAUCUGAUGCAUUGACGAUUUCUUCCAUCCACCGCCGAGUCGUCGCAGAUCGAGCGACUGCUGGGCCAUCUUCUUCGCCUUCGGCAAGCAUCCGCCCACCAGAUCUGUACGAUCUCCCUUCCCUUCAUUUGAUUGGAGAUUUGUUUGACAAGACCAUAUAAUCUUCCCUUUGGGCUUUGGGCAUACAAUCUCUCUGCCGUAUACGUUGAUGGUCUUCCUCUUCCGCCACCAAGGCUUGAGCUCUGCGACUCCGCUCUGUUGCUUGGUGAACCUUUGCAACCAGGUUAUCGGAUGAUCUACGCCUUCGUGUCUUGUAUGGAUGUGUGCCCAAAGAUAACGCCUGGUAGAUGCAUGACUCCGGAAGCUGCAGUAUUCCUCCGAUUAUAGGACGUUAUCAGGCAUUGCUGAUAUGUGACAGGCGACAUUCCAGCCCCUGAAAGUCGACAUAGCAUAUGAAUGCUGAAGCUUCCACCGCAUGUGAUUGACAAUGCGCCUUCAGGGACGUACGCGAGAGACACCGGUGUACCAUUAGGUCAGAU